AUGGAAAAGGUUAGUCAAGCUCAGGAACAAUUGGGGGUAUCUCCAAGGGUGAAAGCUGGUGAGCCAGUGAAAGACAACCAAAGCAAGGAAGUCGAGCCAAUCGAAGCAAAUGGCAAUUCAAAACCUAAUGUUCGACAAAAUCAAAAUCAGGGUCAACAUAUACCUAAUGGGUCGACUGCUAACAUCGGUGAUGUUAAGGACUACAACAGGGCCGUGAAUGACAAUCUCAAAAAUACAACUGCACCAGUAGAUGGACCAGCCCAUCAAGAACGCACGAGAUUGAGGGAUAAUGCUACCUUUUCAUGGAAAAACGUUGGUUCAUGGGAUAGUGAUGAGUCUGUUAGCAAGAAGAGAUCGUUGCAAGUUGUCCAGAUGGUGGAGUCUUAUGUCACUGAUCACUUUUAUGGGGAUUGGUAUUGGAAUUGCUCUCUUAUGAUAGGUACUUGCUUCUUCUCAUGGCUUGUAGCUAGAAUUGGAGGGGGGAUUUUAUCAUUUGUGAUGGUUUUGUUGUUUACUAACUCAGUCUAUCGUUUGGAAUUCAGAAGAUUUAAUAGGAAUAUUAGAGAUGAUAUGACUAGAGUAGAAGCUUCCAAUCGAUUAGAUCAGGAGCUUGAGACAAUGGAAUGGUUGAAUUCCUUUAUGGAUAAAUUCUGGGUCAUUUAUAUGCCUGCUUUGUCUGAGCAAGUUAUGUUUCAAGCCAAUGAAGUCUUGAAAGACCAAGCACCAGGUAUGGGAAUUGAAGCCUUGUCUUUAGAUGAAUUCACCCUCGGUUCGAAGGCGCCUAGAGUCAAUUCAAUAAAGUCUUAUCCAAAGAAAGGUCGUGACCAUAUUGAAAUGGUUUGGGCGUUUUCUUUCGCUCCAAAUGACACUGACGAUAUGACGAAAAAUGAGAUCAAGAAGAAAAUUAACCCCAAGGUUGCGUUAGGUGUUACGAUUGGAAAGGCAUUCAUUUCAAAGUCCCUACCUAUUCUCGUUGAAGACAUGUCAUUCACUGGGAGAAUGAAUAUUAAACUAAAGCUUAAUGACAAUUUCCCGCACGUAAAAAUGGUUUCAAUUCAAUUCUUAGAAGCACCAACCAUUGACUAUGCAUUGAAGCCUGUUGGAGGCGACAGCUUGGGAAUCGAUGUUAUGUCUUUUAUUCCUGGUUUGUCUUCAUUUGUGAAUGGUUUAAUUCAUGCUAAUUUGAGACCCAUGUUAUAUGCGCCAAACUCUCUUGAUAUUGAUGUUGAGGAAAUUAUUGCUCAGCAAUCCAAUGAUUCAAACGGCGUUGUCGCAGUCACGAUUAAAAGAAUGUCAAAACUCAAGGUGGGAAGUAAGACUGAACCUAAUAGUCUCAAUCCUUAUGUUCAAUUGACACUUUCAGGUAAUCCGCUUGUUGAUGAGCGAACCAGUGUCAAGAGCCUGGUAAAUGAUCCAGUUUAUUUGGAAACAAAAUACCUCUUGACCAAUACCUUGGAGUCAAACCAUUUAUCGUUCAAUGUUUUUAAUUUGGUCAAAGACAAGAUAAAUGACCAAUUAAUUGGGGUGGUUGAUUUUUCACUAGGAGAUUUGUUGCAGAAAUCGAAUCAAACUGGCGUUGUCAGAAACAUCUCUCAAGAUGGACAAGUUGUUGGAAAAAUAGAAUUUGAUAUAAGAUAUUUCUCAUCAUUGCCUCCAAUGGAAUUGGAGGAUGGUACCAAGAUACCGGUUACGGAUACAGAAAUAGGCAUAAUGAAACUUACAUUACAUGGAGCAAAAGAUUUAGACAUUUCCGAAUCAGUUAUCGGUUUGUUGAAUCCUUAUGCUGAGAUUUACGUGAAUCAAGAAUUAAUGAAGUCAUGCCGUAGGCUAAGGCAGAUUAAUGAGCCAUCAUGGAAUCAAGGUUUCGAAUCGUUAGUUACUCAACAAUCCGAGACUCAGAUUCAGGUCCUUGUUAAGGAUUCUGUCGAAAAUAAGGUUGUCGGAAAGUUAGAUGCCAACUUGCAGGAUUUGAUAUUUGAGACCAAUAGAGGUCAACAGUGGAUCAAGUGCCCCCCAGCUUCACCUGAUGGUCCAUAUUCCAAGAUCAGAAUCACGGCUCAUUGGAAGGCUUUGAGUAUGGGUGAUGACAAAGCUGUGAAGAGUUAUUAUUCUGCCCCAAUUGGUGGCUUAAGAAUUCACUUGAGAUCAGCAAGCAAUGUCAAGAAUUUGGAAGCUGUUGGAAAAGUUGAUCCUUACGUCAGGGUUCUUAUGAAUGGUAAGAUUAAAGCAAGAACUAAGACAAUCAAUGAUACUUUGACCCCUUAUUUCAAUGAUGUUUGUUUCCUUCCGGUGUCGAAUUCACAUCAGCAUGUUCUCUUGGAAAUUAUGGAUGAAGAGGAAGAGACAGACAGAAGUUUAGGAACUGUAGCGAUCAAUGUUCAUGAAUUUUUGGAGAAAAAUGAUGAAGGUUAUUAUAUGGGAUAUGAUGGUUCUAAUGAGAUAUUGGAGCAGCCAAUUUUGUAUAAUGGUGAUCAUCAGGGUAUUUUAACAUACUCAGUCUCAUUCAUCCCUAAUCUCCCAGUGUACACAAUAUCAGAAACAGAAAAUAAAGACUUAAUUGCCGAAGAAAAGGAAGCUAAAGAAGCGGAUGACAAAGCCAAGCGAGAGAGUGAAGAAAAAUUAGUUAAGGAGCACCCUGACGAAUAUGAGUUUGUUGAAGUGACUGAUGACAGCUUGUCACAACCUCCAAAAAUUGUUAUGCCCUUGGAAGAUGCAAUCAAGUAUAGAACUGGAACAAUCGCAGUACAUUUACUUAAUGGUAAAUUCGACAAGCCUGACCUCUAUGUGCAUAUUCUAUUUGAUGACCAAGCGUACCCAUCAGGAGUUUCACCUAAAUCAGAAGGUAAAUCCUUAACUACUAUUUCCACAGCUGAAGGAUUUAUCAGAGAUUUACCAAAUUCUAAGAUGAUUGUAAGACUAGCUAAAAAGGUUGAAGUAAACGAUGAGAAAGAUAUAAUCUUGGAGAAGACUUUUGAUACCAUUGAUAUUUAUGAAAGAGGAAAUGCUAAACCCAUCAUUUUGAGAAUUAACGAACGUAACCACGUUGAAGCUCAGUUGGAGUUCUUCCCUUCACCUUCGAAAUUAGCACCUUUAGAUACUAUUUUGGAUGUUGGUAAGAUGAAAUUGGAAAUCUUAAGUGCUGAAAACUUGAAAUCUGUCGAUAAGAACGGGAAAUCCGACCCACUUUUGGCUAUCAAUUUGGAUGGUGUCGAAGUGUUUAGGACUAGCAAAAAAAGAAAAACCUUGGAUCCCGUUUGGAAUGAAACAUUCGAAUAUCCUAUACUUUCAAGGUCGAGGCAAAUCACUUUGUUAGAGGUUUAUGAUUGGGAUCUAACUCACGAUGAUGAGCUUCUUGGUCGUGUUAAUUUGGACUUAUCUACUAUUGAACCUUUCGAUUCUACUCAAUUCAAGGUCAAAUUAGAUACUCAAGGAAUUAUUAACUUGAGGGCAACUUUUAAGCCAGAAUAUAUUAGGCCGAAAUUGAAUUCAGCUGGUGGUUUACCGUUCGAUUUGUCUGCUCUUACUGGUGUAGGUGGUGCAGUUAUUGGAGGUGCGACAAAUGUUGCUGGUGCAGGUGUUGGCGUUGCGUCUGAGGGCCUUGGUAAAGGUGUUGGUGUUGCUACAGAUGGGCUUGGUAAAGGUGGAUCUUUCAUAAAGGGCCUUGGAAGAAGGAAAAGAAAGAGUAAAGAAGGCUCAUCAGCUGAAGAUGAAAGCACCUACGUUGAUAAUUCUUCUUCGCUUUAUAGCGGAAAGACUGCACAGACUAAUGGCACUGGCGGACACUCGCCACGCAAGAAUAACACUAGUCAAUAUGAAGAUGAUAUCCACGAAGAAGACGAAGAAGAAGACGAUAGAAACAGCGAGUCAGAUAAUGAUAACGCAGAGAAUGAAUCUUCUAAGACCCAAACUCAACAUGUUAAUGAUAUGGAAAGUAUUACUUCAAAGCCUCGUCAUAAAGUGAUUGCUGCACCAAACGUUAACCCUGAUACACUUCCCCCACCUCAAAGACCUUAUAUUCCUAACCAUGACAGAAAGGUGAGCUCCUCCACAGACAUUUCCACUUAUACGAAUGCAGAAGUUGGUUCUGGUGGUAUUCCUGGAAGAGUAGGUGUUGUGGAUGCCACUGGGUUCUCUUCCUCUGCGUUGGAGGUCAAAGUGUUAUUAAAAUCGGCUAAUUCUGAGAAAGCGCUAUUUAAGACUAGAUCAAGUAAACCAGAUGGCUCUCGUACUUUCAAAUGGAAUGAAUCAUCCCCAUUUAAGGCUCCUAGUGAUUACUCCCUUGUAUUUAUUGUUAGAGAGCAUCAUACGUUUGGCAAGAAUGUGGAAGUUGCUCGUGUUUCCUUACCACUUGAGGAUGCUCUUAAUAAUCAAGAAAAUAUAUCUCUACAAGCCGGCAGUGGUAAAUUGAGAGUCUUGAUAAGAUAUAUUACUAUAAAAAGCUGA